CGCCUGAGAGGUAAGGGGUGGUCGCGCUGUUUUCCUUUUUUCUUUUUUCUUUUGAUUAUUUUUCCUUUUCUUUUUUCCACGUGGGAUAAUCUCCUGCACUACUUAGCCUCCCUCCUGCUGGUGCUGGCAGUCUUAGUCAUGGUCAUGGGUCCUGGAGUCGUGACUAUUAGGUUGGUUCCUCAUGACCUGAACUGCGGAUGAAGAUGAACAGCCGAUAAGAGUUUCGGUAAGUGACAUGUCCGGAAUGAAAGGUCCCAGAGAAAUCUAGCUGAUGGAUGGAUGGAGGGGGGAAACUCCGUAGUAAUUGAGGCGGUGCAGAGGCGGCUCGGGGGCUGGACUUAUAAGCUUGCCGCCUUCCCCCGCGGUGGGUACUACUUAGAAGGCCCAUCUCCUCCAUCCCAUCAACCAUGGCCAUGCCGCCAUCUCCACCUCUGGAAGACCGGCCUCUCCAAACCAGCAGAUUCCUACGGAUUGUGUACCAUAUCCCCCUCGUGGUGCGCAUCCUUAACUGGUUCCAGAACCUCCCCAACUCCUGCAUGGAUCCCUCCCUGGAAGCCGUCGUCCGUCAGGACCGCUUCAAAUCCCUGCGCAGCGAGCAGGUCGUCCAGCUUUUGUAUCGUCAGUUCGAACAGGAAAUCAUCAGACUGAAAGAUGUCGAACAGAACAUCGAGGGCGACGGUGCCCCUGCCCUGGGAAAUUUGAUCCGGGUGGGCGUGCCUGGGAAAUCAGAUCGAACUGACCUCACGCCGUCUCAAUACCUUUUCGACCAAGACUUCUCCGAGGUCAAUCGCACCAUCACUAAUGUCCUCGCUCUGAAAUGGCUUCUAGCCGAUGACUACGAUGCCUUCACCCUCCAACAGCCCAAGCCCGUCAAGUUAUCCCGCGAUACCUUCCAGGAAUUUCGCGUUCUAACAAAAGGGAUCUUGAAGACGCCAAAGCACAGCCUGGCCUUGAUUGUGUCCCUGAUCCUCGGGGAUGUGGGCAAAGAUCCGAAACUGGUGAGGGAGGUGAAGGAGAAAGAAGGGAAAGAGCAGGGCGAAAAAAUCAAUCAUGAUACUGUCCUCGAGAGGGCAAUUGAACUAGAUCUUAUCGGGUCAUCGUCCCUGAAAUUGCUGCCGUUCAUUUUUCAAGACCAUGUGAAGCGAGGGGUGAGGCUCGGGGCAAAGCUCAAUAUCCCGCAACUAACCCAAGGUGAGAAUGUCCCGGGGAGUCUGCAGGGUCUUCGGGACCUGGAAGGACAUGCGGAGGCAUUUCAAUUGAAGUAUCUUGAAAUCAUGUUCGAUGUGGCAGGUGCAGGGGGCCAUAUCGACGCCCGUGGUGCAAUCCGGAUGAUUGAGCCGGUCUGUCAGUCUUUUCUACUGGCCUUUGAUAUCCUUCGGCGCGUCAUAGAAAACCAGAUUACUCUCCAGGAGGCUUACAAUGAAGUCCUGAAAAAUCGCAGCAUCAUCAUAACCAAACAGGGCUUCAGAGAGCUCUCCACGGAUAACCCAACUGAUCGGGCCUUCCUUCGCCUUUGCGCAAUGGGCAGAGUAGCAGAUGAGGAUAUGGCUGAGCGAUUCAAUGACGCCUUUUUCGGCCUUCCACGCAGCAUGCGAGAAGAACUUGUGAAUGAGUUAAAUAUUAGUGGCUUGGACGGCCAGCCAGCUGUAAUUCUGUAUUACAUGCCCGCGCUAUUUGCAGAGUUGCUAAGGAUUACCCGGGGCAAGUCACGACCGGAGCAAGUGGAAGCCCUGAAGUCGCUGAUGGCUUUUAUGACUCACGCAUACCAUGGUUCGAAGCCUCCUGCAGGCAAAAAGGUCCCCAUUAUUGAGUGUGACGUGUCGCCAGCCAGGCGCUUCAUGCAGACGCCGGAUUUUCAGCAGGAUCCUCAUCUUCUAGAAAACUACGUUCUUCCGGGCCCAGCCCCUUGAAGCAGAUCUUGCGCCUUGGUAGACCUCACGAUUCCGCUAAUCUUGAUCCUGGAGUUGCAGCUGUUUUGCUUUUGGCCGGAGCUUGAAGGUCUAUUCCUUUUCUAUCC